AUGGAGCAACGUAUCGAAGAAGUACAAAACGAUAAGAGCACGGAAGAACCGAUUCUUGAGCUAAGAGAAGAGCCGAUCAUUGAAUUGAAAACAUCAGAGCUACCUACGGAGGCGAAUGAAGCGAGAACGAUAGAUUCUGUCCUUGCGAAUGAUAAACAGCCGACAGGAAAACCGGUGAAGCCAGUACGCACUGCAAAACAAGGUCCCCCAAUAGCAAAUUCCCAGUCAGCAACAAUUUCCAACGGAACUUCGACUGCGAAAAGGCUGGAAAAACAGGUUAAAAGGACAACUUUCACUGCAUGA